AUGCCGCAAGCACGGACGAUGGCUGCACGCUGUCGCCUAUUGGCUCUGGUCGUCCUCAUCUCAUUAGGGGUAAUAACUUUGCUGCAAUCGCUGCAGAGAACCCCUAGCAUACAUGAUAUUCCACUUUCAAUCCGCGGACACAGAUUUGGAAGUUCUUCAGGACCGAAACGCUCUCCGUCAAUUCGCAUCAAGAAGGUAUCGGCACUUUUCGGCGAACCGAAUUAUCUUUAUGAAGCUGCUCUUGCGACCCACGAACGGCACAAUGCCUUGCAUGGAUAUCAGAUGCAGGUACUACGAGAACGUAUCCAUGCAAGCUUUUUGGCCAAGCCAGCGUAUCUGAUGUCUGUUCUCGUUGAAGAAUUGGCCAAGCCGUGGGAUGAGCGUGCGCAGUGGCUGGCCUGGGUUGAUCCGGACACACUCGUGUUGAAUCAGCAAAUUCCGCUGGAGCUCUUCAUGCCCCCUCCGGAUGAGGAGAUCAACUUGAUCGCAACUCAUGACGAUGAUGGCUACUUCAACGGCGGUGUUUUCUUCUUGAAGGUCGAUAGCUGGUCUCUGGAGUUUUUGAUACAAGUGCUUGCAGUGCCUCUUACAGACAGGAAGCAUCACGUCUCACUGAACAAGGAUCACGCGGCCCUUGAACAAAUCAUGGAGAACCAAAGAUUCCGCAGCAGGGUAACUUACCAGCCUAGACUCUGGUACAACGCCUUCGAUUACAACAAGACGUACGAAGGUGAAUCUGGAAACCUGAUGGUGCAUCUUCUCGACCUCGGCGGAGACAAAUGGGCUAGGAUGGACAAGUACCUGGGCAACGUGACAAGCAAAGUCAACCCGCAUGAAGUGCCGCUUGAGCAGACGACGUAUGAGAAGCAAGUUCAGAGUUUCUGGAAGAGAAUGGCAGAUUCACGUAAGAUUCUCAAGGAAGCAAAGUUAAAGGAAAAGGGUCACGAUGGCAUUAAGGAAGCAGCGAGAAGAUUGAAAUUCGCAUUGGAUUUUGAGACGGACAAUGAGGUGGUGAUCAGAGGAGCAUACGAUUCGUUGCUCAAGGCUUUGUACGAGAACAAGUAA